UUUAGUAUUGGAAAGGGUUGGAGAGGAGGAGAAACCAUGUCUGGGCAGUUGCCAGUAGGAUUUCUUCUGGGUCCGCCUGCUCAAGAGUUGCAGAGAGUGAUUUCAGAUGUAAUCCUUAAAGCCCAUCAUUUCAAACACUAUCUGGAGCAGCUCCAAUCUACUCUAAAAACCAUUACUCCUCGAAUCAAAGAAAUAGAUCGUUUGAGUGCUGAAUUGACAGAUCACCAGAGACAAGAUAUAGUAAGACUGAAGGCUGAGUUAGUGAAGGGUCAAAAGCUUGUAAAGAAGUGUUCUUCUGUUCCAUCUUGGAAUUGCUUCAAGAGGUGUAGGCGUUCGAAAAAAAUCCUUAAAUUGGAUAAAACUUUGCUGCAGUUCUUUCAGAUUGAUGUUCCUGUUGAUAUCUGGCUCCACAAUAAACAGAUUCUGGUUGAUCUGAGAGAUAUGAUCACCAAAUUUGAUACGUUGAGUUUGAGAUCGGAGAGUUCGAGAUCGGAUAACUCCGGUCCUCAGAUCAGGGACAAGGUUUUUGGAUUGGACGUGCCUCUGAUGGAAUUGAAGAUGCAAUUGUUUAGAGAGGAUGUUAUGGUUCUAGGGCUGUGUGCUCCUGGUGGUUGUGGGAAAACAACGUUGGCUACCAUGCUCUGCCGAGACAGUGAUGUGAGAGACAGGUUCAAGAGCAUAUGCUUUCUUAGCAUUUCAAGCUCUCCUAACUUUAAAGCAAUAGUACAAAGAUUAUCUGAACAGAUGUUUCCAAAUGAUCCAGUCCCUCAGUUUCUAAGUGAUGAAGAAGCAUAUAUGAAGCUGGGAAACCUGCUGAUGCUGAGAGAACAACAGCCCAUAUUGUUGGUUCUUGAUGAUGUUUGGGAGGAUUCAGUUGUUGAGAAAUUUAUCUUCAGAACUGGAGGAUAUAAGAUUUUUGUUACAUCUAGAACUGAAUGUCAAGCAUUUGAUUGUAAAUAUUCUUUGAAAAUGCUCAGUGACGCAGAUGCCAUGACUCUCUUUUAUCACUCAGCUUUUCCUGGGAAUGGGAACAAUGGGAACUAUGAGGAGCCUGACAGAGAUCUUCAAAACAAGAUAGUGAGAGGUUGUAGGGGACUCCCACUGGCUCUUAAGGUGAUUGGCAAUUCAUUGCGUCAACAGCCUGUCGAAGUAUGGAAAAACACAGAGAGGAUGCUAACAAAUUGCUCCAUUUUCGAGUCCCACAGUGAUUUGCUCAGUUGUCUCGCUUCCAGUUUAGACUACUUAAAUAAGAAGGCUCAAGAAUGUUUUAUGGACUUGGGUUCGUUUCCUGAAGAUGAAAGAAUCCCUGCUUCCACUCUUAUAGAUAUUUGGGUUGAACUUUAUGACUUAGAUGAAGUUGAUGCUUACAUCAACCUCCUUGAACUUUCUACUCGAAAUCUUGUUAAUCUGAUCGAAAUAACAAGCGGAGAUGCUUGUCAGAUUGAUGGUAACUUGAAUGGGCUAUUUGUUACCCAGCAUGAUCUGCUUAGAGACUUGGCUAUCUACCGAAGCCGGCAGCAGGGUACAAGAUUAAUCAUGGAAAGAAGAGAAGACAGCAUUCCCAAGGGAUGGAGUGAAAAAGGGCACCAAUUUCAAAAUGCACGCCUUGUCUCCAUCUACACAGGUGAAAUGUUUAAAUCAAACUGGUGCAACAUGCAUUUUCCUGAAGUUGAGGUUUUAAUCCUGAAUUUCUCUGCAACUAAGUAUAUUUUACCCCCACUCAUGGAGAGAAUAGACAAGCUGAAGGUUCUGAUCAUCGUAAAUCAUGGGCGCUACUGUGCACAGCUGAGUUGUAUGAUAACACCUGGUUAUUUGUCUAAUAUAAAAAGAGUUAGAUUGGAAAAGGUUUUGGUCCCUUCCCUUAAUGAGAUCACGAUGCCAUUGAAAAACUUGCGGAAGAUUUCACUGUUCAUGUGUGAGGUUGACCAAGCCUUGAGGAGCUGCAACUUCAAUUUCCCUUACAUGUUGCCAAAUCUUGUGGAGAUCAAUAUUGACUCUUGCAAAGAUCUUGUGGAGUUGCCUAAUGGGCUCUGUGAUCUUGUCCACUUAAAGAAGCUCAGCAUAACCAACUGUCAUGAAUUACUUGCACUACCCCAGGGAAUUGGAUGCAUGAGAGAUCUAGAAGUGUUGCGGUUGAAUGCCUGUACAGGAUUGGUAGAGUUACCUAACUCAAUACAAAAACUCCAGAAGCUAAGGUUUCUUGAUAUAGCAGACUGUUUGAACAUGGAGAGGCUGCCUGAAGGGAUGGGUGAGUUUCAUGGUUUGGAAAAGCUAGACAUGAGACAGUGCUUGGGACUGAGGGAAUUGCCUAAUUCAGUGAUGAAUCUUAUGGAUUUGAAGGAAGUAAUCUGUGAUGAUGAGACCGCUAAUCUUUGGGAACCUCUCCAACAGGAUUUAAGUAAACUGAAAAUCACAGUGCCUAAAGACAUCAACUUGUCUUGGCUUGGAGUUGAUCUUUAAAGGGAUUAAAAUCCUCUCCAA